GUCCUUUUCUUAAUUUGUGCAAAUUUUGACAUUUUUCUUUGUCCUCGCACGUUUACAUUUUGCAUCCAUAAUGAAGCCGAUGGGAUUAGCCAGCCUUAUAACUGGAUUUUGGAACUAUUGCUACCAAACGUUGCUUUAGAUUUGCUACUUCCCGCACGAAUGAGGUCAGCGGCGGCGCUGCGUUUCACCCCCUUAGCUUCCCUAAUCGUAGUGACACUCACAUUCUGCCAACUUGGUGAAGUUGUCCUUCAACCGGAGGAGGCCUCUUCUUCAGACACGGAUGCAAACGAGGAUCUCCAGACUAGUUAUCCUCUGACCGAGAAUAUAUUGAGAGGAUGUGAGUGUUGGAGAUGGCCGGAAUGUGUAAGCAACUGUACUGUGAACCCAAUUCUGCAAGCGCAGUUGCGUACAGAUCAUUUGCUUCUGGCCUCACUUCCCAGACCAUUUGCGUUAAUCUUCCCUUAUCAAGACCGCAAAACGCGUUCAAAGUUUGGUACCUCAACAGCCGGAAGAAGGGGGACCCACUUCAUGCACACUAAGUUUUGGAUCAACUUACCCAACCAACAACACGUUUUACUGAGGGUGCAGAAGUCUCGCAUCUUCGACCAUUCGAGCACGCAUACUGUGCUAUACUAUCACCGCAAUCGAGACGGUCAGACAUACCCGUUCGCUUCUAGUAAAUCUGAUCAUUGCUUUUAUACCGGCACGGUUCGACGGAACCCAGACCGCCCAGAAAUGAAUUCCUAUGUGGCCGUGGACACCUGUCAUGGUUUACGCGGCAUGGUCCAAAUCGACAACCAGACCUACAAUGUGCUGCCGCUGCAUUGUUCGGAUUGCCAGCCUUGGAGGCUACCACAUGUUGUUUAUCCUCAGGUGUCCAGUCCAAUUGAAAGAGAUGCUAAAUUACCGGUAUUCUGGAGACCAACGGGCGUUCUUUCUGGAAAAUCCUCUCGUCUAACAAACGCAGGGGAACAAGUGUACACCAUUCGAUUAGCUGUGAUAUUGGACCACUCCUUGUACACUGCAUUUGGGGGAGAAUUGGAACCAAGUACACAUUACAUCGGAUCCGUCAGCAAUCUUGCUACAAAGUUAUUCCUGGGGCUUCCGAUCGAGUUGCGAGUGGUUCGUUCUGAAAUAUGGAAUUUUGGUGAUCUGUUUCAUAUCAACGCAAGUAUCAAAACCACUUUAAAUCAACUGGCACUCUAUACCAUCCGUCGUGGAUCACAUACAAAUAAUUCCAUGCGCAACGGAACGACCGAGUUGAAAUUACCUCGACCAACAAGCGCGCGAAUGCAGCGAAAGCGGCUACAACGCAUCCGUCGCCAGGCUGUUUCACAAUCUGUAACAUCCACAUAUUUGGAACAACAGGAUAUUGAAGUGUUGCUGACCAAUACUGCAUUUACUGAUCCUGUGGAAUACCUGGCUGUACCGGACAGUAUUUGUACCCCGCGUUCUUUAGCCGUUAUCCAGGUGAACUCCUCGGAGACUGCGUAUCGUACUGCUCAACUUCUGGCCUUAGCGAUUUCCGAGGCACUUGGGUUAAAAUCAUUUCCUUGCCCGCCUCGAUAUAGCUGCACAUCGCAUGACCCAUUCUCCGAUGGUGACAAGUCUCGCAUUCGUCUGGCUCUCUUCUCUGGCAUAGCAGACUGUCUGGUGACCUCUUCGAGUGAAGAGGCUGCUUCAUUCCACCUGGAUACAUGUGGUAACGGAAGACUGGACCGCGGUGAAGAAUGUGAUGUGCCGGAGCACAGACAGCUCCUUGGUAUCGGUGGCAACUGGUCCAUGCCUUGUUGCAAUACGCACACAUGUUUGGCUGACGUUGGGGCGACGUGCACUUAUGGCGCGUGUUGCAAUCACUGUGAAUUUGCCCCUCGAGGGCAGUUAUGUCGCUCCGCAGUAGACCAAUGUGAUCUGCCCGAAUUCUGCACUGGGGCACAACCUGAAUGUCCAGCUGACAUUUACCUGGAAAAUGGAUCUCCGUGCAAUACGCAUUCCACUCCGGUGCCUCAGUUGCAGCAACCGUACUUGCACACUGCGGAUGAAGUCAGUGCACUAUGUUACCAAGGCAGUUGUCCGACGCGUGAAGGUCAAUGUAAAUUUAUAUGGGGACCGAAUUCUCGAAGAGCCGCAGAGUACUGCUUCAUGCUACACAAUACAAGAACCGCCGGUGCGUGUGGUGUUGUAGAUGAAAAUUGCCGAAACGAGAAUGCUAUGUGCGGAUUGCUUCAUUGUCAAGGUGGAGAGCACAGACCGGUGUCGAAGGAGGCUCAAAUGGGCCAACCGUUUUUAACUUACACCGAGUAUGGAGGUCAGCAGUUCGAAUGCAAACAUUUAUCUCACGCUUCAAGUGUUCGGUUCGUCCCUGAGGGUGCUUCUUGCGCUGACAACCAAUAUUGUUUUCAACAGCAGUGCGUCCCACCUCACGUUGCUCUCCGCUCCAGGUGUCCAGCGGGUCCAGUGAGUCAUCAGACCAAUGAUGGACGAACCUCUGUUCAGAACGUAACAUGCUCCGGUAAUGGGUUGUGCACAAACAGUGGUCGAUGUUUUUGUCGUCUAGGAUGGGCUGGUGUGGCGUGCCAGCAUCAAUUGAGCGCUGCUCCAGGCCUAUCUGACUCCAACACCUUGAAUAGCGGAAAAGCUAAUCCGGAACCUGAUCCCGAUAUGGCCACUCGAAUUUGGGCUUACAGGGAGUCGAUGAAGACCAGCGAGACAAGUAACAUUCUGCAUAAAACAUCGACCCCACUCGAAGAAAGCGAAAUGACAACGCUGUAUUUGGCGGCCAUCCUGGGAUCCGUGGUUGGAGGAAUGUUUAUCUUUCUUACGGUUUUUGUCCUUGUCUAUCGACACCGUGGAAGUUCACUUUUUAUGAGAAAAACACGCCGUCCGCGUUGCUUUACAUGGGACAGGAAGGCUGGAAAUAUCAUGAAACUAGAAGAGUCUAGAGAAAAUGGGUCACUUCGGCUUUACACUUCGCAAGCAGAACCCACCGAAUUGCCUUACCCAACUCUAUCACCCAACAGCAGGCGCCCUAACCGUAAGCGCUCCGGAGCUAACUAUCAUAGGGAUGGAUCAUAUUUCUCUCGUUGGGCACACGAACGUAGAUGCCCCACUAGUCAUCCAUUUAAACAUCAAAGAAAACGCGAGGAAGGAUGCAGUGAUCCAGUUGAAUUCUCUCACGAUCGUCAUGGUAAGCGCAGAAGAAGAUAUUGUCGAAUGAGUCGGAGUGAUGGCGAACGUACUCGAGUUGGUCGGCAUAUUGCUAAGCAAACCGGGGACACCUUGGGCUACGGACAAGAUGGACUUCACGAUGCAAACGGGAUGAAUCAUUCUGACACCGAACUCGCUAUCCGUCAGCAACCAUCCUUGGAAGAGGACAGGAUCAGCAUUGACAGGAUCAUUAAAUUUGGCAGUAUGCCGUCAUACAAGGAAGAUAAGCUGCGACAUGGAAAACGGUCGGAAAUCAGCACCUCCACCAGCGUUUCUUGCUCGAGAGUUGAUUCCCCAUUGACGAGUACCCAACCAGCGGUAGUAGCAACGGAAACCUCAGGUGUUUCCACGGAACUCUGCAACGGAGAUAAGGUGUCGGCUAAGUCUCGUUUGUGUAACAUAACAACAGCAACACCGAUGCUGCCUCCGUUAUUUCCUCCUAUGAUAUCUACCUUCGGACCAACGGAAGGCGUGAGCUCCCAACACUGGAGUUCUCACUUGCCGGGGCAAUCUCCGAGUGCCACAAUUAUGUGUGCGACCUCUGCUCUAGUCGAAGCUGGCAAAGCUGGUGCUACAGCGGCUGCUGUGUACUCCUCACCUACUUCAAAUUUGUAUCAGAAGGAUCGGUUUGGCCAUGUUAAGGAUGCAUUAGCGGACAUGAACGACAGCCAGUUCAGCAUUCUCAUGGAAAACUCAUGGCGACAACCGGAAAAGGGCAUUCUGAAGAACAAAAACGAGGGUGUGGGCGUCAUUUCAUCUCGCGCAGGUAAUUCUGGCAUGAAAUGUGAGCACAAUCACACUAAUCCUGGGCAUAUGCACCACGGGGGUCGGCACCGAUCACGUGGGCACCAUCAUAAGAGGUCCAGGUCUCAGAGUCAAAAUGAAGUCGAACACAACUCCGAGGAGGAUUGUUGUGGCAGCAAAGAAUCACUGUGUUCUGAAUGCUCGUGUGGUCUCUACAACGACCCCAGCGACCGAUGUCGCUCGGUGCCAAGCACAGGGCGUCUCUAUUCGCGUCGUCAGAGGCCGAGGACAAACUACCACAGCUCUCACUUGAGAUCGAAGUCUGAGGAGGAUGUACAACCCAGCGGGAGUUCUACGGGGUCAAAUUCAAGUCAAUCAUCUACAUCUUCCUCAUUCUCUGCCCUGAACAUCAACCAAGGCUUGUUAAGUUCCUCCAGUUCCACCACAAGUACGUGUUCAACUGCACUGGAAGUGGGUCCCGAAGGAACUACAUCCAGAACACAACGAACGGAUGACAUGGUCGCCGAUGUGGAAGGUCGUCCUCGAAGAAGGCUGAAAGACAACCAUACGAUGAGUUGGGACCGACGAGGAGAAGUAGAGAGGCGACUGAACCUGAAAACUUAUUCUACCGCAGAUGGACAUGAGAGUGAAAAUCAACAUUGUCAUCAUCGGAGCCGCCAUCACUGUCGCCAUCGACGCCAUCGCCAUCGCUUUGAACAUCACGGGAAGCAUCACAAACAUCGACGACACGGGUCGAGAAACGAAGUUGUGUCCACAUCAGGAGGAUCAAAGACUGCAGUGACAAUUUCGGAAUCUUCUGGUUCGUCAUCAUUAGGGAAUACGAAUGGAGCAACUAGGCUAUCCGGCACUUCUUCAUCCUCAUCAGGAUUAGUGUCUGGACCGAGAACACACAUGCACCGUCGUCAUCGUCGUUUGCGCACGCGGCGGAGCACGGAUGAAGACGCAACUACAUCCGGUUCACGUGGAAGCCCUCUACAUCCGGUCCCAACUAUCCUUUGCAAUGCGGGGCAACAAACAGACGAAAUGAGUCUACUCAAGGCUACCGGGUUGACAAUCUGCACCAAAGAUGACUCCUUGGGUGUUGAAAAUGGCGCGAGACGAGUGUCAGCUAAAGAGGUUGAGGAGUCUGAUGGAGAGUGGGAAGAAGUGGAGUGUAGCGAAUCUGCCUGUGAAGAAUGUCAAGCCAACGGUGGGACACAGGCGAGAAAAGGCCGAUUACAAUCGGGUCAUCCAGGAACAGUUACUGCCGAGAUCGAUGUGAUUGUAGGCCACACAAACCCAGCUUAUAUGCAAACAAUCCGUUCAAGUGGAGGAGAAGCCAGCAUAUCAAACCAAAGCAUCGCUGGUUAUCAACAACAGUCAACCGCUUCGUCCUCCUUGAGCUCGUCGAAGAACUCACGAAAUGGCACCCUCGCUUUGGCGUCUAAUCCACAGUCGAGCUUUCCUGGUGUUACGGUUGCACAAUCACCUCAAGGAAGCAUUUCAGCACUAGGUCAUUCAAAGGGAGGAGUAAAAAACCGGACAGCUUCUUCAUCUUCUUGUUCCUCAUCUUCUAUGGCAGGUCAACCGCUGCUUCAACUGCCUCGAAAUCAAAACAAUCAAGGAAAACCUUCCAACUCAGACGAGUUCACCAACCAGAACAGUGAAACAGAGGUCGACGCCCAUCUGCAUACACAUCUGUCUGGAGUCACUCGUUCGACAGGUCCAUUCUACUCUCCGGUCGCUUUGUAUCCUCCUGGAAUUUCGCCUCUCACGGGCGGAUACCCACUGGCUUCACAAAGCUGCAUGUCACGCCCUUUGAGGCGUGAUACCGUGUCCCCAGUCAUGAACACAGUUUUGAAUCCAAGACUCCAUGGAUCGCCAUGUAAUCGAUCGCACCUCCAUCACGUCAUCGCUGAGAAGGAGCAGAUCCAAGUCGACAACAGAGAAACUUACUAUCAGCAUCCAUACGAGGAUGUGGCUACAGACGAGUACGCAGAAGCAUCCAAUGGGCGAGCACUUCAGCCGUCUCAGCAACACAUUUAUCAUCAACAUGGCCUCCUAAAUGACGGUGUACCCACCGAUUCCAACGGAUGUAUCUAUUCAAAGGGUGAGGAAGAUGAUGAUGAGCUGCUGAGUCUGGACGAAGGGCACCCAGGUGGUGGUGCCAACAAUGGAGUGAGGGAGUUUUUCAGAAGCUAUGCGUCACAUGGAAACUGCCCUCGAACAAACGAUCUCCGAGUAAGGUCACACCACCCAUCGUGGCCCGUUACGACAGAAGAGGGACGGUACAAGUUAGACGAUACAAUGCCCGGAGGCUUUAUGCUACCAAUCCAGUCGGGUCCACGAGGCUUUCUAAACCAACAGCCUGAUUCCCUCGAUCACCGCAACGACGGGACCAGAUUGAUCAGUGACGGUGACGACGCCGGCAGUGAAUUUAGCAUCUCCGCGUUCCGACGGGACGACAUUCGAAUCCCCACCCACAAUCGAUCAUCUGAUGGAUUUGGUCUACGUAGUCUCGCACUUUCCCAUCACUCCCGGCACACUGGGGAGGCGCGCACUGCGAGUUCCAGUGAGUUCGGCACUGAGGUACGUAGCACCGAUGGUACAUGCGAUGAAUCGGAUGCAAGUUCGUUACCUGAGGCCGGAUGUGACCUGGUACAACUGGCUCAGUUGGAAAUAUCCGGUCGACCGAACCCACUUCUGAACGAUUUGGCCAGACAGCAAGCCUCUUCGCGUCGCUGGUUGUCACCAACGUUAAGUGAGAGUAAGCAGCCCAGGAUUCCACAAUCAAGCUUAUACGAACCCGGUAUGGGAUACUCGUCUUGCCAACCCUACGUGAGAACCGAGAAACAGCCUCCUUCACUGCCGCAAUCGAAGACCGUUAAUCGCUGAUACUUCUCCAAUAGAUGGAACAAUUAAAUCUCCUGCAGACUGGGCGGAGCUGGGAUGGCUGCACCGCUGAUAUAUGGUUCGGUCAGCCUUGGUGCUCAAAUUGCGACAUGUCAGUGAUCAAUGAAUCAGUUCCGAAUUGAGCAGGAUUCAAUCCUUUCUCCCAAAUGUAUAAAGUUCUUAUUCCCCUCACUUUUUUGAAUUCUGCGACCGAUCACUGAAAAUAUUUAAAGCUUUUAAAUGGGGCUGACCCUUUGCUGCAUUUCUGCCACAUAGAUCAUAUUCGAAUCACCUACGAAUUGCACAAUCUAUCACAGAUAUUUCUUCACUUACACAAGACAAUCACAAGGCAGGAAUAUUUGCACUAUCUUCCAAUUUGAAUAUGCAACAGUUAAAAACUACUCUCAUUUCUAACAUAUGCCAGUGUAAAUACAACAGAUGUGGGUUUUGAA